GCUCGUCGCGCCUGCGCACAGCGUCGCCGCUGCCACGCCUCCGGUUCCGCUCUUCCCCGGAGCCGGACCGAAUGGGCUUCCUGGACGCCGUCCGCGGUGACGAGUAGGCGAUUCCUCAGCGCCCGGAGCUCCGUUGACUCUUCCUCCUUCGGCCAGAAACCCUCCUUCUGAUCCUGCGCGAGAGGAGGGGGGGUGGGGGUCUCUGAGGGGAGCGGCGAGCCCGCCGGCCCCGGUCUCUUUCCCUGGCGGCGGCGGCUUCUUCCGUAGGACAAUAUGUUCAAGAGAAUGGCCGAAUUUGGGCCUGACUCCGGCGGGAGAGUGAAGGGGGUUACUAUUGUUAAACCAAUAGUUUAUGGUAAUGUUGCCCGAUAUUUUGGAAAGAAAAGAGAAGAGGAUGGGCACACCCAUCAGUGGACAGUGUAUGUAAAACCAUAUAGAAAUGAGGAUAUGUCAGCAUAUGUGAAGAAAAUCCAAUUCAAAUUACAUGAAAGCUAUGGCAAUCCUUUAAGAGUUGUUACUAAGCCUCCAUAUGAAAUUACUGAAACGGGAUGGGGUGAAUUUGAAAUAAUCAUCAAAAUAUUUUUCAUUGAUCCUAAUGAAAGACCUGUAACCCUGUAUCAUUUAUUAAAGUUGUUUCAAUCAGACACCAAUGCAAUGCUGGGAAAAAAGACAGUGGUUUCAGAGUUUUAUGAUGAAAUGAUAUUUCAAGACCCAACAGCAAUGAUGCAACAACUAUUAACCACAUCUCGUCAGCUUACCUUAGGCGCCUAUAAGCAUGAAACAGAAUUUGCAGAACUUGAAGUGAAAACCAGAGAAAAAUUAGAAGCUGCGAAAAAAAAAACAAGCUUUGAAAUUGCAGAGCUUAAAGAGAGAUUAAAAGCAAGUCGUGAAACUAUAAAUUGUUUAAAAAAUGAAAUCAGGAAACUCGAAGAAGAUGAUCAGACAAAAGAAAUAUAAAUGGUUCUGAAGAGAAUUCGAUAGUAAGCAAAAUGAAAAAUAAGGUGCACUGUAAAGGACAGAUGGAUUGCGAAUGCUGCCAUGUUUCUUAGGGAAACUGCACAUACAGUUGUCGACCAUAGAUUUCUCAGCAAUGGGGUCAAAGUAUUUGUACUUUACAAGCAAUCUUUAAUGUGAAAUGUGUGUGUAUAAUAACAAUGAAUGCUGUAUAGGCAUUUUAUCAACCCAUUUCCAGGUAGUUCUGUGAUAUUAAGCACAAUUUUAAAACAUUUUUAUUGCAUUGUAUGUAUAGAUUAUCCUUUUGACAGGCGUCAAAAUUUCAUUAUAAAGUAUAACGUACAAAUUUUGUACUUCCCUAGUAGUUAGAAUUCUUGGUAAAGUUAAUGUGUCUACUUAAUUUCUUAAGUUCUUACCUGCCCCCUUCCCAACUCUUUUGUAUCUGAUGUGCCCAGUGCCCAGUAAGCACUCAAUAAAUGCAGUUUACAGAUGA